GAAACUCCAACGAGUCCUUCAACUAUAACAAGACCUCCAACUAUAACAAGACCUCCAACUAUAACAAGACCUCCAAAUAUAACAAGACCUCCAACUAUAACAAGACCUCCAACUACAACAAGACCCACAAAUACAACAAGACCCACAGCUACAAGAAGACCCACAUCUAUAGGAAGACCCACAUCUAUAGGAAGACCCACAUCUAUAGGAAGACCCACAUCUAUAGGAAGACCCACAGCUACAAUAAGGCCAACAACUACAGUGAAACCCACGACUAUGUUAACAAGACCUACAAAUGCACCAACAUCACCCAGAGUCUCCAUCUCACCUCCUACAACAGCACAGGAAGAGACUCACACACCAGAUUGGAGUAACAUUGUGACAUCCUUGGAAGAGUCUUGGAAUAAUUAUACUAAAUUCAUCCCUGCAGUGAAUUCACAGGAGAAAAUGACUCAGGACUUCUCUCUUGGCAGCCCCAUUGCUUCCCUGAUGUUGAUGCUGCUUAUGUGUGCCCUGGCUAUCAUGGGUAAGUAA